UUUGGGAUUCAAAUCAGUUAUGACUGAGACGUGAUUUGCGGUGGUAAUACAAAAACUAUUUUGGCGGUUAAUAAAAAUAAACUUAAUUUCGAUUUGUAACGGUACUUUUUUGGAGUGAAAAAGAUCAAUCGGGGAAAAUACUUUAACACAAUGUGCAAUACAUCUUUACAUCAAAGGAAUUUUAAUAAUCUAGUGGAACCGUUUUCAUUUUCAACAUUUCACUUUCUGAGGACCCGAAAUCGUUUAAUGCUGCCACCGAAUGCAGAGCCCUCUCCCUACUACAAUCUACUCAAGGAGGGGCAACCAUUAAAUCCCCAAUUGGAUACAAUUCUACAUCACAAUUACGAAACUGCAAAGACUCCACCCACAUCACCAAUAUUGGAUGUUAUCGAUAACUCAACAUUGGAACAUAUACCUGCCGAAUUGGAAAAUUCCAUUGCCGCCUGCUUGACACAAAACGAGAGCAGUUCUGAAAAAUCACUGAACAUAACUAAACCUCCAGACGCGCACAAAGAUAAUGCAAACCUAUUACAAACCACUAGCACCACCAUGCCCGGUGGUCUUGCCUUACCAAAUCUCAAUCUGCUACCAUUGCCCGGAUCCUCAGGAGGUCUACAGACCACAUUGCCCGCUUUUGAAUACCUAACACCGGCGGCACGUAAUCUCAGCCCUGUUGAUUUCCCGCUCAUGGAACUGAAUCGUGUUGGUGGUGGUGGUGCCGGAAUAUUUCCCUCAUUUCUACAUCGACGACCGCGCGGUGAAAAACGUCCCAUUCCCGAAGAACAAAAAGAUGAUAAAUAUUAUGAGCGACGAAAGCGCAAUAAUGAAGCGGCAAAAAAAUCUCGAGAUGCUCGGAAAAUUCGUGAAGAUCGUAUUGCUUUUCGGGCGGCUUUUCUAGAGCAAGAAAAUUCUUUGCUGAGGGCACAAGUUCUAGCCAUGCGUGAUGAGCUGCAGACAAUGCGUCAAAUACUGAGUCGUAAUAAUCUCAAUCAGACAACGCUGGCUGCCGCCGCUGUAGCCAAUGCUUCAGCGAAUGGAGGUUUAUUGUAGUUCUUUGUGAGUUAUUUUAGUAGUUAAUAGUCAUUGUGCUGAAUCAUAGCUUUAUUUAUGCAAUUUGUUGAUUGUUUUGUAAAUAUUUUCUGAAAUAAAAGUAGUUUUCUUGAAAA